GGCCUGGUACUUUCGUUGUAAAGCCCUUGUUUCCUUGGGGAACAGAACGGCUGGACGCAGGAGGUGCGCUGUCUUUAGUCUUCCCCGUUCCCACCCAGGACUGAAAAGGGUUAAGUCUUGGCUGCAGCAUCUGGAGAGAAGUUGGAGCUGUUCAGUAUGUUCCCACUGAAGGAGGAGAACAGACGUGUGGCCCAGCUGCUGCUCAGGUCUGGCACCUGCCCAAGAUGCAUCUUCAGAUUCUGCGGCGUGGAUCUUCCGGCCCCUUACAAACGCCCAUACAAGGAGUUGCUCGAUGAUCUACAAACAUUUCUGGAAUCUGAGAACCGUGAGUUAAUUCUGGAAGGUCCAGACCCACCGUUGAAGAAGAUUCGUCUACACGAAGAUGGGGUUGAUACUUUGAGUGCAAAUGGAGAGGAGGGCGUCUCUGUUACUGAAGAUGAAAACAUGGCGGCCACGAAGCCUUCAAAUUGGAGAGUGUGCAAUGUUUGCUUAGGGAUUCUUCAGGGAUUCUGCGAGAAGGACUUUAUCACAGAGGUGUGCCAAAAGGUUGAAGCCUCUGGGUUUGAAUUCACCAGCGUGGUUUUAUCUGUGUCCUUCCCACCGCAGCUGUCUGUGAGAGAGCAUGCUGCAUGGUUGCUGGUAAAACAGGAAAUGGGAAAGCAGAGCCUGUCCCUGGGAAGAAAUGAUGUCGUUCAGCUGAAGGAAGCCUACAAGUGGAUAACUCACCCCCUGUUUUCAGAGGAGCUGGGAGUCCCCACUGAUGGGAAGAGCUUGUUCGAAGUGAGUGUGGUCUUUGCUCACCCAGAAACACUUCAAGACUGCCAUUUCCUAGGUGAAGUUUGCCCAGACUGUUUCAAACCAGCCAAAAACAAACAGUCAGUAUUCACCAGAAUGGCCGUUUUGAAAGCGUUGAGUAGGAUAAAAGAAGAAGACUUCCUCACGCAAUUUCCUUGUCCUCCAGACUCCCCCAAAACUAUAUGCACUGUCCUUGAAGUUGAAUGCACGCAUGGUGCUGUUUUCGUUGCUGGCAGAUACAAUAAAUACUCCAGGAAUCUGCCACAAACUCCUUGGAUAAUUGAUGGGGAAAGGAAAAUGGAAUCUUCGGUGGAAGAAUUAAUUUCAGAUCAUCUGCUGGCAGUAUUCAAAGCAGAGAGUUUUAAUUUCUCAUCCUCUGGACGAGAAGAUGUAGAUGUGAGAACUUUAGGAAAUGGAAGGCCCUUUGCGGUUGAGCUGCUGAAUCCUCAUCGAGUGCACUUCACUUCACAAGAAAUUAAGGAGCUGCAGCAGAAAAUUAAUAAAUCAUCUGACAAAAUCCAAGUCCGUGACUUGCAGCUUGUCACCAGAGAGGCAAUUGGGCAUAUGAAGGAAGGCGAAGAAGAAAAGACUAAGACCUACAGUGCCUUGAUAUGGACGAAUAGAGCCAUACAGAAGAAGGACAUUGGGUUCCUGGAUGACUUAAAGGACUUGAAGAUUGACCAGAAAACACCUCUGCGGGUCCUUCACCGCAGGCCUCUGGCUGUGAGAACACGGGCCAUUCACUCUAUGAAGACACACUACCUGGAUGAGCACCAUUUUCGUCUGCAUCUGAAGACCCAGGCAGGGACUUACAUUAAAGAAUUUGUACACGGAGACUUCGGGAGAACCAAGCCAAACAUUGGCUCUCUGAUGAACGUGACUGCAGACAUUGUUGAGCUAGAUGUGGAGGUAAAGUACUUUCUGGGGGAUGCACAUCUGAAAGCCACACUCAGCCAUUAGGUCUUCUGACAGUAAACCUGUCUCCAUAGGUAUUUUUAUAUGAAGGGUGUUUUGUGUAUUAGACUUAUUUUUUUUUUUUGUCUGUGAGUAUUUUGUCUGCAUGUGUCUGUGCCUGGUGCUCCCAGAAUUGAGAAGGAGGUGCUGGGUCCCCUAGAACCAGAGUUACAGAUGGUCGGUCACGAGCCACCACGUGGGUGCUGAGAAUGGGACGUAGGUACUGAGAAAGAGCAGCUGAUAACUCUUAACCACUGAGCAUUUCUCCAGCCCGAUACUGGAAGGAAUUAUCUUUGGAAUUCUUAUUAAAACAAACCACAAACCAGGAUCCCAUUUGAGAUACUUAUGGAUUAUAUAGCUAAUUUACUAGUUGGUAUCAGGUCCUGUCGUUUACUAAUUUACCUAUGGCGUCAGGUUAAAACCCUAAAGAAAACAAGGAAAUAAAGUUGUAACUGUGCCUCACACAUCCUUCCGAAUGCUAGGGUUACAUUUGUGUGUGUGUGUGUGUGUGUGUGUGUGUGUGUGUGUGUGUGUGUGUGAAGACCAUCCUGGUCUACACAAUUCCAGGACAGCCUGGGCAAUUUAGAGAUAGCCCCUCUCAAAUAUUGGGUUGGAUGGAUGAUUUUGGGGCUGGGCUCAUCUCAGUAAUGGCAGUUGCUGCCUAGGUUCCGUUAAAUUCAGUCCCUGGGAACCACACGGUAGAAGCAGAGACCCCACUCUCACGUCAUCAUGUGUCGUAGCAGGGGCACGUGUGUAUGCAUGAGCAUGCAUACACUCACACACACAUACAUACACGUGUUGGAAUUUAUGAAAGCUUUGUGCUGGGUAGACCUGUGCAGUGGUUCUCUGGCUUUUCUGCUGUUAGGGGAUCUGGAGCAUGAAGUGACCCAUGGGCUAGUGACCGCGUGUCUCAGUAAGCCACAGAAAGCUUUUGCUUUUGUUUGGUCCUAACUCGGCCCAGGCUGGCUUGGAACUUGCCUCGUGGCUGAGGCUAGCGUCUGCUGAUCUGUCCUGACUCGGACUGCCCAGCGCUGAGAGGACAGAUGCUCACCACUGCAUCCAGCAAGGCUUUUCUUAAGGCCCCACAGAGAAACUAAGACAGGGUGUGUUCAACCUGCCCGGAAUGUGAGUCUGUGUGUUUUGGUGUGUCUGGAAUGUGGCUGUGGGCUGGAAGAGAUUGCUUGCUCUAACUUUUAUCUACCAGAGCGGAGUGAGGGUGAGUAGCAGUGGAGACUAAUUGGAUUUAUUUAGUUCUUUGAUGAUAUGGGACAGGGUCUGAUAGAGCUCAGGUAGGCUGUGAACUUCCCAUCCUCCUGCCUCUGUCUCUGAAGUGCUAAGAUUCCAGGCACAUCUGUGACAUCUGGCUUGAGGAUGAGAAGAUGAGAAGAUAAUUGAUACUUUUCUGGUUCUGCUGAUUUUCUGAAUUUAUGUGUCUCACAUUUAGUCACAGGCUGCUUGAACCAUGUGCCAUUCUGGCCAACAGUGGUCCCACCGAGUGUCACCUAGUGACAUCAUACCAUAGUUUGAAUAAGUACACCGUGGUGUUUGCCCAGCGAUGGAGUCUCCGAAUGACACAUUUCUCAGCACAAGGCCCUACAGUUUUGCUAUGUUAAAUAGGAGGAUGGUAGAAUGAAGGAUGUCAAAGCAACAGUUUCCUUCUGAGGAGAAGUGUGGCUGCACAGCUUUGAAUUUGUUUAUACUUCACUCAUAACUGACAUUCUAGUUUUUCAGUUUCUUCUCUUAGGAGUUGAGAGGUCUAAUAGUGAUCAUGUCUCUGUCAGUUCAGAAAUGGGCCGCCAGUUUUGCUGCUCUUAGCAAGUGUAACCCCCUUACUUUAUGGUAAAACUGUCCCAGAGAUCCUUGCCGAGUUUCUGUGUUAACGGCUUGCCUUCCUCCCUUAGUCUGUAGAUGUUGACUGGCCGCCAGCUCUGGAUGACUAGCUGUCGCAUUUGACUACAGAGGGGUUCCUGGCAUGAUGUGGAAUAGUCUGGAAAAUGGCUGUUUACCCACCAUAGCGGUGUCUUCAAAACCACUUGGAUCAUGUUGAUCUGUUCCUAAAGUUCACUGUAACAUCUCAGGAUCUACGUGUACGCAUAUUUUGUGUUGUGUUGUUCUAAGAAUGUCUUAUGUUUUCUCAUUCCCUGUCUCAUGACCACAAAACCAAAAUAAGAGGAAUCAAACCAUUUUCCUUCUAAAUCGUGUUCCUUCGAGAGGCAUGCAGUGGGAGGCAUGCAGUGGGAGGCAUGCAGUGGGAGGCAUGCAGUGGGAGGCACUGUCAAUCAGGAGAGCUUCGAUCUCCUCCAGCACAGUCUCCUCCAGGAGGCGGUUCCUUUAAAGCAAUUUGCUAAGGCUAUGAGAUCAUCUGUGUAAAUGUUACAACUAGACUCAUGUGGAAGAGUUUCCUAGGAUAUUCCAACAUGUCAAAUGUAAAUCUGUAUUAAUAUUUCCCAAUUACCCUCCAGCAGGCUUCUAUUAUUAAUAGAAAUACUUUAAGGAAUGAUUUGUCAUAGUCCUUAUGACCUCAUGUUACUAUUUUGACAAUCGAAAAUUGUCAGUUUGUGUCUCCUGUAAAGGCAAGUGACAGCCUUACCACUGGAGGUGUACUCUAGACACUGCCUAUGUCUUUUGUCUUUAAGUAAACAGAAACAAGUGCCUUCAGUAACUUUUGUCCCAGGGUUACAAAUUUGAAAAUUUGAUUAUGCUAAACCAAUACAAGCUUAUUUAAGUGUUUCAGUUAUUUUCUAAUUUCAAGCACAAACAAGGAAACAAAAGUUAAAUGACACACUUAGUUACUCUUGUAACCAGCUCUGGUACUGACCAUUGUAUCUCCAGGAUCCUUUCUGUAAACCCUUGUCAGGAGCACCUGCCACACUGUGGAUGACAGUGCCCUCAAGAAUGCCAGUUAGGUUACAAAGCCAGGAGGAUGGCUUUUGGAAUUUGGAUAUCAAGUACCGCCCCCAAGAAGUGGCUAAUGUUUGUCUUAUAUGAUUUCAUAUAAUUGUCACUUGUAAUGGCAUGAUGGAGAGAAAUCUUAAAUAUAUAUUGAACCAGAAGAAGAAGAGUUAAUCAUUAAAAAUGCCAGAAGGGAAGCUCAAUAAAAUUUAGAUUUAAAUAAAACUUUCAUCAGUUAA